CAGUCCAUUUAACACGGAAGUGAAUGACGACCGGGCACCGCGUUUGUCUUACGAUUGUGUUUUUGCUGUCGGUUGUGUUAUUGUGCGCAAAUAAACACUUAAAAUGGAUUAACGACAACCAGGAUCGCACAUUUUUAUUGUCAAUAGUACGUGUUUUAAACGUUCUGGUCAUUAAGAUGGAUUAGUCACUGUUUGCCGUGCUAGUCGUUUAAAGUGCGUUAGAGAGCUCUGAGACGCAGUUUAUUUCCUUCAACAAACACAUACAAACUUGAAAUGGGUUCAUCCAAGAAACACAAAGAGAAGGAGAAGGAACGGGAUCCAGAGGAUCGGCACCGCGAGCACAAGAAACACCGACACAAGGACCGAGACAAGGAUAAGGACAGAGAGCGAGAGAAAAGAAAGAGAUCCCGCUCCAGAGACAGAAGCGGCCGGGCCGCGGAGAAAGACAGUCGCAGUAAAGCAGACAGGGGUAAUGGAGAACCACGAGUCAAAAAGGAGAGAACAGAUCCUACCUAUGAGGACAGUAGUGAGCCUGGUCCAAAAUCUGCAAGUGGUGAUGCCUCGCUCAGCAUUGAAGAGACCAAUAAACUAAGGGCCAAACUGGGUUUGAAACCCCUUGAACUCAAUGAAAGCAAAAAAGAAGCUGGAACUAAGGAGGAACCCCUGGUGGCUGAGACCAUAAAUCCUGUCUACAUCAAACAGCAGGCUGAGAUGAGAGAGAAACUAGCUGCUCUUAAAGAAAAGCGUCUACUUAAUCAGAAACUAGGAAAGGUGAAGACACUUGGAGACGAUGAACCAUGGCUGGACGAUACAGCUGCUUGGGUAGAGAAAAGUCGCAAACUAGCCAAGGAGAAGGAGAUGGCUGAGAAAAGGGCAAAGCUCCUGGAGGAGAUGGAUCAGGAGUUUGGAGUGAGCAAUCUGGUCGAGCAGGAGUUUGCACAGGAAAAGAGGGAUUCAUAUCGCUCGCAUGAUCUUAGAGGGCUUAAAGUUCAACACAAGGUGGAUUCUUUCAGAGAAGGGGAGACAGUGAUCCUUACUCUAGAAGAUAAAGGCGUGCUUGAAGAGAAGGAGGAUGUGCUGGUGAAUGUGGGGCUUGUGGACAAAGAGAAAGCAGAGAAAAAUGUAGAGCUGAAAAAGAAGAAACCUGAUUAUAAACCAUAUGAAGAAGAGGAGAGUGUGGAUGACAUGGUUACUUUCAAGCAGAAAUCUGUGCUGUCCAAGUAUGAUGAGGAGAUCGACGGGGAGAAGAAGAAGAGCUUCAGGCUGAGCACUGGGGGUUUUGUGGGGGGUGAGAGAGAGCGUGAGCUGCAGGCCAUCAGAGAGAAUCUGCGCAGUCAAGCGCAGUCUCUUGACAUGCCUGCGCUCAUCCUUGCCACUGAAUACUACACGCCACAAGAGAUGGUGGGCUUUAAAAAGACCAAACGCAAAGUAAAGAAAAUUAGAAAGAAGGAGAAAGUUGGGGCAGAUGAGCUGUUGAUAGAUGACACUCGCAGCUCAGAUUUCGGCUCCAGGACUCGAGGUCGAGGCAGAAGAGAACGAGAUGAAGAGGAAGAUGAGCCAAAGAGUGUUGCUGUGGAAACCAGCAGCAAGGCGGCUGAUGUACUACUGCAGUCAGAUGACAUUAGAAUGGCUGACAUGGACAUUAGUGACGAUGAGGACUUUGCUUCUCCAGAACCUGCUGGGAUAGAAGAAGAUGAAGCUGAACAGGAGCUCCAGAAGCAGCUGGAGAAACAGAGGAAACUCAGACAGAAACAGUUGCUCAAAGACUCAGGAGAACGGGUGAUUCAGCACAUAAAAAGACUUGAGUCGGCAGAAGAUAAUGACAACGACCCAGACAGAAAAAAUAAUAUUGUCUUCAAUGCCACCUCUGAGUUUUGUCGCACUCUCGGUGAUAUUCCAACUUACGGGCUGUCAGGCAAUCGAGAGGACCAGGAGGACAUGAUGGACUUUGAAAAAGAUGUUGAGAAAGAGGGAGCUGGUGACGCAGACUCGGAUAUGGAUGACACUGUGGGCUGGAGCACCGUUAACCUGGAUGAUGAGCAGAAAACCACUGAUUUCGCUACAGCGUCUACAACUAUUCUUGAUGAAGAGCCCAUUGUAAAAGCUGGUCUAGCUGCAGCUCUGCAUCUGUGCAAGAACAAAGGGCUGCUAGAUACACAGAUGCAGAAGAUGGCUCGUGUUAAAGGUCCCAAAGCUGCUCUACCUAAUGAUAACUACUGCAUUGAAGACAAAAUGAAUAUUGACGACAAAUACAGCAGGAGGGAGGAAUACAGAGGCUUUACUCAGGAUUUCAAAGAAAAGGAUAACUACAGGCCAGAUGUCAAGAUCGAAUACGUUGAUGAGUCUGGUCGCAAACUCACGCCUAAAGAGGCUUUUAGACAGCUGUCUCAUCGUUUUCAUGGAAAGGGUUCUGGCAAGAUGAAGACAGAACGGAGGAUGAAGAAACUAGAGGAAGAAGCGCUGCUGAAGAAGAUGAGCAGUAGCGAUACUCCCCUGGGUACCGUCGCUCUUCUGCAGGAGAAACAAAAAUCCCAGAAAACUCCUUAUAUUGUGCUGAGCGGCAGCGGGAAGAGCAUGAAUGCGAAUACCAUUACAAAAUAAACCUGGAGUCUGGAGCACAAAGACAAAGGAUCUUACACUCAACUCUUGCAUUUUUAGCCAUUUCUUAAAUCUGUUGCACCUAGUGAUGUAUAUACAGACAUUGCCUUGUGUGAACUUAUAUCCUGUUUCUUGAUUCAAGCAAUUUUCUGUAAAACUUUUUUUUGUGGUCAUUAAAAGCUGUUGCGAUAA